GAAGAAAAUGAAGCGUCUUUGAAUCAAUAGGAAUUCAACUCUGAGGGAGGGAGGCGGGAGGUUUGGGGCACGUGAUGGCCGCGGUGCCUAAUGAGCGUGCGAGGAAGCUGAGUGGCUUGAAGGGUACACGUUUGAGGAGGUCGGGAGGGACGCUCGCUCCGUAGGAGACGCGUUGCUGGAUUGCUGCGGGGAAGGGGAAGAAUGAACAGGUACGCAGGUCAUGUUGCUUGUGGUUGGAAUUCAUGCUAAGUGGGAGUUUUGGGAGUAAGGCUGAACCAGACCAGGGUGAGAAUCUGUCCUCAGCUUGACAAUCACGUUGCUGGAACAACAGUUCUUCUUGGCUUCCAGUGGAACAGUAAAGAGAUCCCCUGGUGAUACAGUAGAGAUCCUGAAUAACUGCCUGGCUGCUGUGGUAAAGAGUGAGCAAAUUGAAAUGUGAACCCUGAAAACACAGAGGCUCCCUUAACAUCAUCUGCCUUCUGUGGUGCUUCAGAAGCCAGGAUGCAACACGAGCAUAAUCACAUGGCACACACGGACCAUCAGAUGAAUGACUCGGCGAUGAUCACCUCUGAUCCUCACGCACACCAUCACACAACGUCAUCGUCAGAGCACUCACAUGGUGGAGGAAUGAUGAUGGAAAUGACCUUCCACUUCAGCUAUAAGAAUGUGCCUUUGCUGUUUUCUGGGCUGGUCAUCAACACAGCUGGAGAAAUGGCUGGUGCAUUUGUGGCUGUCUUCUUCCUCGCCAUGUUCUAUGAGGGUCUGAAGAUUGCCCGAGAGAGCCUCCUUCGGAAGUCACAGGUCAGCAUCCGCUACAACUCCAUGCCCGUCCCAGGACCAAAUGGUACUGUCUUGAUGGAGACGCACAAAACGGUUGGGCAACAGAUGCUGAGCUUCCCUCACAUCUUCCAGACAGUGCUGCACAUAAUCCAAGUGGUGGUGAGCUACUUCCUCAUGCUCAUCUUCAUGACCUACAAUGCCUACCUCUGCAUUGCUGUGGCAGCAGGUGCGGGUACAGGCUACUUCUUCUUCAGCUGGAAAAAGGCGGUAGUGGUGGAUAUCACAGAGCAUUGCCAUUAACAUUGGCAGUGGGUCUUCUGAGCCUCUCCCUGUAACCUCUGGAAGGACAAGGAUCACCCCCAAGCUCACUGGAAGAUGUGCCAACAAAAGCUGUGGGGUGCUCUCUUAAUAACUUCCUGGGGGUGUGAACCGUCCCCUGCCAUGCCUGUUGUUUCCCACUCCUCCCUGAGGAGGUGGCUUCCUGCUAUUGGGAAGGGAUCCAUUGUCCCAAGGAGUGGUUUACUGGGGAUAGCUGGCUUAUAUAAUAGAUAGAAUUACUGGGUUUUUUGAUUUUUUUUAUGUUUUAGAAUCCACCAUGAUUUAAUUAGCUAGCAGGCUAACAUAGAAAAUAAUUAGUUCUACAUUAUUUUUUAAUACUUCAAGCUUGGGUUGCCAAAAGGUGGUGGUGGGGGGGGAACUUAUCGAGAAGGUUUUGAUCUGCUAUUGAUGGGAGCUGAAAAGCCACUGCCAUCUUAGUAGAAGUACUUCUCCGGGGUUCCACAGCAGAGACCUCUGCUAUCUAGUGCAAGGCGCUCCUGAUCAUUUGUUUGCUCUAGAGCAAAGGUUAGCUUUGUGUGCCCCCACCCCCUACCAGAUGGUGAUGCUGGCUUGGUUUUAGCCCUAGGUACAAUCAGGCUGUCUCUGAUGCAGCAGAGCCCUAAUGGCUGCUUUCCCCAAACAGCUGUGGGCUUUACACAUCACCUGUGUGUUGUUCUGGGGUCAGUGUGUGACAUUUGCAGGCUGUGUCUAGCUGCAUAAAUCCACAAUCUUAUUUUUAAAAAAUAAAUCCUAUUUUAAAUAAA